AUGUCUUCCACAAGAAUGGUGCAGCACAAAAAUUUUAGUAGUGCGAUUGAUUUCUCCGAUAGUUGGUACGAACCAACACCGGAGGAGGAAGAAAAGGCAGCAAGGAUGCUGCAAUCGGACUGCGAAAUGCAAGAUUCGGCCGUAAUUGCAUCGGAGGCUGCACCGGUACUAAAGGAAAGCCAACAGCCGGCCGAUUUAACAGAUGAAAUGUCCGUCCUGUACAAAGGUUCUAAUGGACGACAAAUCGAGAUCGAUAUUCUGGAUUCAGCCAAUUUAAAGAAGUAUGAAAAGUUGGUACAAAAUGACCUCAUAAAAUCACCCUUCAAGCGACGCUUGUCCGGUGAAUCGAGCAGUAACGACGAGGUUGAGGAGAAAGCAGACGUAUCGGGUAUGGAUCCGGCCGCUGACCCCGGCCAGCAGAGCAGUGGUGGCCAAUGGAAGAAGAGUAAGAAGCACGAAAAUGAUCAUGGUAGCAAUAGUUGGCGUUUGCGGCGCGAGAGUUCCAGCUCCGGUACGUCUAGUCAAAACAGUCGCAAGCAGCUCGAGUUCGAAACGGAUGAGGCCGUGCUGAUGCGACGUCAGAAGCAGAUUGAUUAUGGCAAGAACACGCUAGGAUACGAAAACUACGUCAAGCAAGUGCCCAAAAAUGCACGCACCAAAGAGCAUCCUUCGACACCGCAAAAACAUCUGAAAUACAGUCGCCGCGCUUGGGACGGAUUGAUUCGUGUUUGGCGCAAGCAAUUGCACUGCUUCGAUGCCAGCAGCACACCAGAAGAAAAAGCCUGA